AUGGCCUCCCGAAUCGCAAACAAAAACAUACUGCUAAUUGGUGGUACAUCGGGCAUUGGCUUCGCGGUCGCCAAACAAGCUCUCGCAGACGGCGCAAAUGUGACUAUCACAUCAUCGUCCGAGGAAAGAGUGGCCCAAGCAGCUGAGAGCCUUCGUCAUGGUAAUCCGGCCAGAGCAUCAUCAGUAGUACGCAGCUACGUUGCCGAUCUCUCCAUCAAAGACAAACUAGACACAACCAUCGAAGAGCUACUCAAAUAUGCCGCCGAAAUCUCGCCAAUUGACCACAUUGUUUUCACCGCUGGCAACGUCCCUCCGAUGGUACCACUGGCAGAAGCCUCUUUCAGCGAUCUCGACGCGUAUCUUACUGUUCGACUUUUUGGCGCAAUGGCGGUCGGGAAAUACGCGCCCAAGUACAUGGUAUCGAGCAAGAGCUCGUCGAUUACUUUGACUACCGGGACCCAAAGCAAGAAGCCAUCGAUUUGGCUGGCACCAGCUGUCGCAGGAUCGGUGGAAGGUCUGAUGAAGGGCCUGGCUAUCACGCUGGGGCCUAUCCGCGUCAACGCCGUUUCGCCUGGAUUCAUUUUGACAGAAUUGACGGAUCGACUUCCUCGGGAAAUGAAGGAUGGUGCGAUCGAAAAAUAUACCCGACAGUCUCUUACAAACGACAUUGGCUAUCCAGAAGAUACGGCUGAAGCGUACUUGUAUCUGAUGAAGGACUAUUUUGUGACCGGGUCAACUGUGGCUACGAAUGGAGGGGCUUGGUUGGUUUGA